AUGUCGAAGACAAUUGUCAUAGUCAGAGCUACUGGUAUUCAGGGAUCGUCUGUUGCCAGUACAUUUCUACGCUUUCCGGAAUGGCGGGUUCGAGGCAUAACUCGAAACCCCCUCAGCACGGCAGCCCAAGACUUGGUAGCAGUAGGGGUCGAGAUGAUAAAAGCUGAUAUCGACGAUCCCCAAUCGCUGCUUCCAGCCUUUGAGGGUACCACCGAGGCCUUGGCAUCUGUAGACCCAUCCCGCACGCCCGAUGAACUCAAUGAAUAUGCAUACAAUCGUGAAGUCGCACAGGGUAUUAACAUUGCAGAGGUGGCAGCCUCUCCGGCAGCGAUGAAAACCUUAGAGCGCUUUGUCUACUCCUCAUUGCAAGAUCCUCGCAAGUGGAGCAGGGGUAAAUACACUAUCGUGUAUCAUUAUAACUCCAAAGUGGGUACAGUCCGGGCCAUACAAACUAGAUUCCCCGACCUAGCGGCGCGGAUGAGCACUGUCCAGCAGUGCUACGCCUCCAUGUGGAAGGCCUUUCCAUCCAUGGCUCCACAGAAACAACACGAUGGAAGCUUUCUGGCCAUUGGACCGGUGAAUCCCAACAUGAAGUUCCAUUUCGUCGUCGCGCACUGGGAUACAGGGUUAUUCGUCAAGGCAUUAAUAGAUCUGCCGCCCACAAAGGCUCUUCUAGGGUACAAACAGGUCUCCAAAGACGAGUUCUUCAAAGGCGUGCCACAAGAAUUGAAACACGAUCUGGGGGAUACUUACAACUUCAUUGGAGAAUUUGGGUAUACCGGCGGAGAUCCGGAAGUCUUGACCCCGGAACAGGUCAGCAGCAUCUCGCACAUCUUCUUAUGUCCUUUACUGACUCUCAAUAACUGGACUCUCCGGUUCCAGUCACAUUGA